UUUUGAAAACCGUACUGUAACUUUUCACAGUAUAUUUGAGUGAUUAUUAUAUUUGUAAACAUAAUUGUAAAAUGGCGAACUCAACCCUUUUGCUUCGACAAUGCAUGUUUCCGCGCCAAUCCCGACGACAGAUCUCAAGGUCGUCGGGUAGUCGUACGUCGACGUCACCACCACGACGUAACAUCGCUGCGCCAGCCGUUGCAACUGCUUUGAAACCCUUCAACGACAUCCCAGGGCCACUGGCUUUACCUAUGCUGAGGCAUUCUGCUCAUGUAUUGCCUAGAAUUGGUAGUUUCCACCACACAGUCGGUCUCGGCCUGCUAGAAGGGAUUCGGUCCAGAUAUGGGAACCUGGUACGCCUGGCAAAGGCCUCUAGGAAACGCCCAGUGCUCUACGUUUUCGAUCCUGAGAUUAUGAGAGAGGUGUACGACAGCAACGUCACAGUGCCACCCUUCUGGGAGCGAUCGCCGCUAAGCAAGCAGAGAUUCAAUACCCAGAAGUGCCCUGUGAAUGAGGGCGAAUCGAAAGCUAUUUGGACAGCAAUACGAACACUUCUCGAAGAUGGUACAGUGAUAAAAAAUUACGACAAAAUCUUCGAUGAUAUUGCCACAGAUGCAACGAGAAGACUUGGAGAUCUCCGCCAUGCAGAAAAUGCCUUAAAUGAAGAGUUGGAAACAGAGAUAUACCGAUGGGCAUUGGAGACUCUAGGAAUCAUGAUGUUUGGAAUAAGACUUGGAUGCUUAGACGGAGCCGUGCAUAUACCUACUGAAGAAAACAGAAAACCAGAAAAGACAUCCAUGGACGACGAUAUCCCAGAUUUAUGUUCCUUGUCUAAGAAGCCGUUAGAACAGUUGACUGCAGCGGAGCGAAUGGUGAAGUGUACCAGGGAAAUAGCAGAUGGGAGUUUCCUCGUUAGGAGUGAGAAGACUCUUAAGUCCGAUUCGGAGACCUUCAAUAACGCCUUAAAGGCUUUUGAUACACAUUUUAGCUUGACCGAACACUUUUUAAAACAAGCUAUGCAGGAACUGAACAGUGGCAAAUUGAGGCAAGAACAAGUACUGUUAGAUAAACUACGACCUCUAGAAAACGGAUUACUUCCUUUAGCCGCCGACGCCCUGCUAGCCGGAGUCGAUCCCCUUGUACAAACAGCAGUAAGCAUGUUGUACCAAAUGUCUCUACAUGCGGCACAGCAACAACGAGCUCACGACGAGGUCCAUUGGGCAUCAGCUUCAAUAGACGCUGGCGCCGGAUGUCCUGACAUGCCGUACAUUGCAGCCUGUGCAAGGGAAGCAAUGAGGCUACAUCCUGCAACUGGUGGAGUGGUUCGACGUAGCACGGAAGAACUGGCUGUUGGUGGAUAUGAAGUUCCACCUGGUGUGGAUAUAGUCCUCGCACACGGUGUAACCAGCAAAUUGGAAGAACAAUGGGGCAGAGCGCGAGCAUUUAUACCCGAGCGUUGGUGCAGCGAAGGUUGGGAACCACUAAAAGCUUCAAGAGCCCAUUCUUUAGCAUCUAUGCCCUUUGGAGAGUCUUGUCCAGCCAGUAGAAUUGUUGGAAAGAUGUUAGCAGCCUUAGCAACUAGGGUUUUUGACAAAUACAGACUUGAAUGGCAUGGGCCAGCGCCGAAUCUUGUCACCACUGGAGUAAAUAGACUGCAACCUCCGUACUUCUUCGUUCUGCAGAACGCUGCUUGAAUAUUGUGAUAUUUUUAAAGAUUUAAAGUAGAUUAUAUAAGCAAUUAUAGACUUAUUGUUUUAGAUACAAACAUUGUUGUUUUAACAUUAAAUAAGUAUUAUUUUGUAGACGAUCACAUGUCGCAUUUUUAUUAAUGUAUAUUUAUAUUUCUCAGUCACAUUGGAGGAAAUAAAAGACAAAACUAAUCACACUAUAUUAUAUAG